GGAGGAAUCAACAUAGUGAUACUGUUUUAGUGAAAAAUCAAAUAUGAAGAUCACCAAAUAUCUGUGACAAUCCCUUUCUUUGAUUUUAUUUAUUUUCAUCAUUUUCCCAAGAAAAUUCUCACCAUCUUUCCCUUCCUCAAAUCACACCUUUUUAAUUAGUAUAUAUAUACACACACCAAUCACAUUACUUUUAUUUUGAACUACUUGAUUCUUCUUGCUUCUUUCUCCCUAUAUAUUUAGUGAAAGUGAAAGUGAAAUUUCUCUGAAUUAAAUUAUAGCGAAAGAAAUGGAGAUGUUUGCUAAUUCAUCAUCGAUUUCAAAGGGAAUGGGGGAAGUUGUUGCAAGUGAUGAACCUCAUGUCUUAGCUGUUGAUGACAAUCUUGUUGAUCGUAAACUUGUUGAAAUAUUACUCAAGAAAUCUUCUUGCAAAGUAACUACUGCAGAAGAUGGUCUGAGGGCAUUAGAGUAUUUGGGUUUGGCAGCACAUCAAGAUAGCUCGGCAAAUAGCAAUGGCUCAAAGGUUAAUAUGAUAAUAACAGAUUAUUGUAUGCCAGGAAUGACUGGUUAUGAACUGCUCAAGAAAAUAAAGGAAUCGUCGAUGAUGAAGGAUGUGCCAGUUGUGAUAAUGUCAUCCGAGAAUAUCCCAACUCGAAUUAAUCAAUGUAUGGAAGAAGGAGCUCAAAUAUUCAUGCUGAAGCCUCUGAAACACUCUGAUGUCGAAAGGCUAAGAUGCCAAAUAAUGCAAUGCCGAGGAUAGAUAGAUAUUAAUAUGUAUGAGUUAUUAUGAGAGUCGAUCAGUCUAAAUGACUCGUGAAGUUAAAUGUUUAAUGUCUAUUUAUCUAUCUUUUGAGAUUUAGAUCAAAUCCCUGCUUUUAUGAAGGAAUCAUAUUUUCAGUUAUGCAGAAUUUACUUUUACACAAAAGCUGUGGAGCCAAAUU